AUGAGCCAUUCAGCGCUGCCACAUAGCUGCACCCGACCUCUCCUUGCUGCAGCAGCUGCUGCUGUGCUGCUGCUGCUUGCUGCUGCUCUUCGCGCCUCCCCCGCUGCUGCCAGCUCCCCCAGUGGCCCUUUGGGGCUCCACCUGCAGCAGCAGCAGCACGAGCAGCAGCAGCAGCAGCACGGGCAGCAGCACGAGCACCACCGCCUGUGGGACUUCGGCGCUUCUGCCCCUCCCCCUCCCCCCUACCUGCAGCAGCAGCAGCAGCAGCAGCAGCAGCAGCGGAAGCAGCGCCAGGAGGCCGAAAGGCAACUCGCCGAGUCGGGCCUCCACAACUUCUCCUCCGAGGGGCCCCAGGGGGCCCCCCAUGGGCCUUCCCAGAGUCGCCAAGAGGGUACAGAAUCUGUUGAUGAUGAAGUUGGCAAAAAAAGCAAAAGAAGAAGACCCCAUUCUUCUUUGCGCUACAGAAAUGCAAAUGCUGCUGCUGCUGCUGCUGCUGCAGCAAGGGCCAGAGCUGCUCCAAAGCCAGCUCCCCUCCGCCGGCCCGAAGUUGCUGCGACGCUGGCAUCCGCGUCAGCAGCAACAGACGCAGCAGCAGCAGCAGCAGCAGCAGCAGCAGCGAAGCCCGGCGGGGCCGCGCGCCCGCACGAAGAAGCCGUGGGGACGGGCGCCUCCGUGGCGGGCUCAGGGGCCGCAGCGGGCCCAGCAGCAGCAGCAGCAGCAGCAGCAGCAGCAGCAGCAGCAGCGGAGCCGAGGGAGAAGAACUUGUUUCUGGCAGAUGUAGCAGCAGAAGCUCCCGAAGUGCCGCUGCUGGAGCUGCUGAACAAAAUAGAAGGCGGGAAGCAAGACAGUGUUGCUGCUGCAGUAGGUCGGGGGUCUUUGAGGGCUUAUGCAAGUCUGAAGCCGCUGCUGGACGUUGCUGCUGCAGCGCAGCAGCAGAAGCAGCAGCAGCAGCUCUCCAGGACCACGCAGCUGCGCAAGGAGCGCCUCGAGCUGCUGCAGGAGACCCAGGUGCGCAGAGCAGCAGCAGCAAUGAAGCACCAGCAGCAGCUCGUGCUGCAGCGCGAAAAAGCAAAACAAGAACAGAAAGAAAGGCAGCAGCAAGCAGUAGAAGCCCGCAAGGAGGCAGCAAGGCACUUUGACGAGCAGCGAGCGGCGCGAGAGCGGCAGUGGGAGGAGCGCUGGAAUGCUUUGAAAGAAGGAGACAAAGAGCGAGCAGCUCGGCAGCAGGAGCAGCAAGAGAAGCUGAUGCAGCAGCAGCUGCUGCUGCUGCAGCAGCAGCGGGAAAAGCAAGCAGCAAAAGCAGCAGGCGCUGCUGCAGGCGGCCACCAGCAGCAGCAGCAAAACGAAACAGAAACCCCAGAAGCAGCAAGACAGGGGGGGACCCUUCCUUCGGAUUUGCUGACAGCAGAGCAGCAGGUGCUGCAGUUCAAGUGGCGGCAGCAGAAGCGGCAGGCUGCUGCUGCUGCUGUUGCUGCUAACGCUGAUCCUGCGGCUGCUCCUGAUCCUGCUGCUGCUGCUGCUGCUGAUGCUGCUGCAUAG